GCGCACACACAAACAGGACUGUAAGGCGCAUGCGCGGGGGGUGGAGGAGCGAACGGGACUGUAAGGCGCAUGCGGAGAGAGAACACACACAGAGGACGUUUCAAGGCGUCGCUAGAAAGGAGAGGAUCUCUCAAGAUAAUCCUUAGAGAACGACGCCUGGGUGCACUCUUCCAGGGCCUCCCAUGUCGGAAACAAGCUCCUGCUGGGCGGAUCUGAUGGCAUUGCUGCCCAAAUCCAAGGAAGACCUGAAGCUGGCGUUCAGCGACACAAUCGAAAGAAGCGUAAUCAUGUUACUUCAGCAAGCUGGGGAGCUUUUCUAUGGCGACAGAAGGGCCGAAUGUCUGCAGACGAGUGAAAUAAUAAUAGACUACUCCUGGGAAAAACUCAACGCUGAGACUUGGAAAGACGUAGACAAAGAAUGGAGACAAGUGUAUUCUUACGGCUGCCUCUUCAAAGCUCUUUGCUUAUGCGGCGGUGAGGGUGGGGACGUAGCCGAAGCCAUAAGGAUCUGUGAUAUGGGUUUAUUGAUGGGCGCGUCCAUACUGGGGAACGUCUUGGUUGAAGUUAUUCGCGUCCUCCGGAAGCAUCAUCCACGAGGGGAAAAGUCUACUGAAGGGAGAGACGGAGAACCUAGCAAAAAGAAAAGCAAAACUGAGCCUCCUUCGAUUCCAACUGUGCCCUUAGAAACUGCAGUCCCACAGCUUCACUGUCCUUCCUUAGAAUAUUUUAAGAACAAUUAUUUGAUUCCACAAAAGCCGGUCAUCUUGGAAGGGAUUGCCGACCACUGGCCGUGUAUGAAGAAAUGGAGUUUGGAUUAUAUUCAAGAAAUAGCUGGCUGCCGGACCGUCCCAGUAGAACUAGGAUCCAGAUACACGGACGCACAGUGGUCCCAGACUCUGAUGACCGUCAGCGAGUUCAUCGAGAACUACAUUGUGAACGAGCAGAAUAACGUCGGGUACCUCGCUCAGCAUCAACUAUUUGAUCAGAUUCCAGAACUAAAGCAGGACAUUUGCAUCCCCGAUUACUGCUGCCUGGGGGAAGGAGAUGAAGAAGACAUCACAAUUAAUGCCUGGUUUGGUCCAUCGGGAACCAUUUCUCCUCUUCAUCAAGAUCCCCAGCAAAAUUUCCUAGUCCAGGUAAUCGGAAGGAAGUACCUCCGGCUGUAUUCUCCACAAGAAUCGGAGGCUUUAUAUCCACAUGAGACCCACCUUCUUCACAACACAAGUCAGGUUGAUGUGGAAAAUCCUGACGCGGCUCAAUUCCCGAAGUUUGCGGAGGCUCCGUUUCAAUCUUGCAUUCUCCAUCCCGGACAGGUUCUAUUUAUUCCCGUUAAAUACUGGCAUUACGUGCGAGCCCUUGAUAUCAGCUUUUCUGUCAGCUUCUGGUGGUCAUAGUCAUUUUUAAAAGUCUUCAAUGGGGCGGGGCUCCUGUUACAACAUCUUCCCUGACCAAAAAUCUAAGUGAGACAACAUUUCGUUCCAUCUUUCGGCUUUGAACGUGCUAGGACGUAUCCACUGCACCGAAAGGAACAAACAUCUAGAAAACGGUAAUCAUCAUCCAGCUUCCUUCCGAAGAAGAAAACUACUAUUUCACCUCUGGAGUAUAACUGUGGAAUCUUAAUGCGCUGAAAGACCAACGGGAUGGUCAUUCUGAAAACUGUGUCUAACAGUAAUGAGAUAGGCGUCUUUUAGGCCAGACAGAACUUGGAGAGGGAAUAUGUCUACCAACUCUGUUGUAUUGUGCUCCCCCAGGUACUUAGUACAGUGCUCUGCACCAGUAGGAGCUAAAUAAAUCCCACUGAUGAUAGUUUGUGUGCUGCUGUUCUCCCUGCAAUGACUGAUGAACUUCUCGCUUCAGUUCCUUCAGGAACUGUUUUCGCCAUAUGUUCUAAUGGGGGGGGGGAUACACUUUCACUCUGAGCCUAAAUUGGAAGUCUAGGCAUUUUAUGAUUUCUUUUGAAACUCAGAACUACAGAACAAAUGCAUUAAAAUAUGAUUUUCAAA